AGGAAGAGCGAUCGCGAAAAGCGACGCGGUUAAAGGAAAUAGAAAACCUGGGAAAUUACACAAAAACCAAGUGAUUGCAAAAUGCUGGGAAUGUCGGUGCCCGUGCAGCUGACCAAGAUGCGCAACAGCGCCGAGGCGGUGGCCACCAUAGCCAGGGAGAAGCAAAUAAAAACCCAAGGACAAGGGCAACAGGUGGCCAAGGAUUUCGAUUUGACCACGAUAAUGGAGCAACUGCAGCGGGAUUACGCGGAUUACAAGUACACGGUCUACCGCUGUGCCAGUAAAUUGGUGGCCCUGCAAAAGAUAUUCCACACGGGAAAGAUUCCCUAUAAACUUCUUUUGGCCAUUCUGGAGCGGCACAACCUGAACGGCGGCGGCCUGGAGCUGAUGGUGCCGCCCUUCCAGCUGACCUCGCUCCUCCACGACGUCUACUUUGCCAGCGAGAAGCUGGGACACUUUCAGCAGGAUUCGUCUUCCUACCAAUUGGAGAGAUCCACCAGCCUGCUGGCCAACUUCUUCUGGAAUGUCUACGAUCCACACCGCCGACAUUCGAUUUCCCUGCUGGAGAUCAAGAUCACCUUCAUCCUGCUGUGCAAGCUCUUUAGCAGCGAUCAUCUGAUCGGCGACUUCUUCGCCCUGCUCGCCGAUCCCAAGUCGCAGAUCAUCUCGCGCUACGCCUUCGAGCAGCUCCUCUCCACGCUGGGCAAGCUACUCGGCUAUUUGGGCGAGUCCAAGGCCUAUGGCCUCCACAAUUUGCCGCUGGCUUUGGAGCAGAGCUUCGCCCGCUGUCCACAUGGCGUCGGUGGAUUGACGGAGUCGCAGUUCCACAAACUCUGGACGGCCGGACAGACGCGCUUCCUCAUCUACGGCAAUCUGCUGUCGCUGGUCAAACGCAUCGAGGAUACGGAGAGCCUGAUACACAGCAACUCGUGUGCCGGCUGCCGCAGGGAGCACAUUGUGGGCAUUCGCUUUAGGUGCCAGGUGUGCCGCGAUGUCUCCCUGUGCCUGCCCUGCUUUGCCGUGGGCUUUGCCGGCGGCCGCCAUGAGCCGGGGCAUCGGAUGUGCGAGGUUUUCGUCGAGGAUCAGCCGCCGCUGCGUUGGACCCGCCAUUUGGCCAGGCUGUGCGGCUGGCUGACGAUGCCCGGGCGCAAAACGCAGCCGGAGGAGGAGCGUCGCGGCUUCUGCAAUGCCCAGGAGAGCGGUGCCGCCUCCGUGGUCACUCCGAUUCCCGCCGAGACGCGCAGUGUGCGUAGUCAGUGCCAGGAGAAGGAUCGCACUGUGAUCCUUCAGCAGCAGGAGCUCUGCUCGCUCACCGGACUGGCCAGCAAGGCCUCCUCAAGGCUGCAGUCCAUCAUCGAUCGCCUGCUGCUGCAGAAUGCGAAACUGGAGAGCCAGCUGCAAACGGUGCAAACCGCCUCGAGUUCGGAAAUCUCGCUGUUUCUCAGCGCCCAUCAGAGUUUCCUGCUGCAGAUCAUCGAGGAUAUGCGGCAGCUAUCGCACUCGUCUGUGGCUGCCUCGCCACCUCUGCCGGCUCCUCCAGUGGCCCCUCCGGUGGCUCCCCUGGUCAGCUCCACCUUCCUCAGCUCCAGCACGCCGCAAAGGCAGAUCUUCGAUAUGUACGCACCCGUUGGCGCCAAUCUCACGCACUCCAUAAAUGGCGCCGACCUGAAUCGCAGCUACUUGGAGGCCAACAAGUCGGACUAUUCCCUGAACGACAUCAGCCUGUGGUUCGAUCAGCGUCGCUCGAGCGUGCAGCCGGGGCCUGGAUCCCUGCCUGCUCCUCUGCCGCUGCCCAUGCCGCUGGGCGCCCUGCUGGAACAGAAACAGCAGCCAACGAACGGCGGCGACACCGAGAUGGUGAACUUCAAGCUGCUGCUUCACAAGGUCAAGGAGAUCGUCGAGGACUCGUACAGCGACAAUGCCGAGCUGUCGGCGGCCACACAGAAUCUGGAGAACGUCCUCGACAGCAUCAUCAAGGGCGAGGAGCAGCAUCGGCGCAUCAGCACGUGAGGAGGAGCGGUGACGUCCCUCAAAUCGAUUCCAGCCAGACCAAGUCCACCUAGCUUUAAGUUGUAAAUUUUGAUUAUAAUCCCGAGACAAUGAUUGAUCCAAUCGUUUUCCAAAAUGCUUCAAGUUGAGUAGAUCCUAAGUCCUCUGACAAUGCAAUAUCAUAAAUUGUUUAUAUAAAAGAAACAAAAAACAUUUAAGAAACGGAAUAUAUUAUACAAUUUUAAGAUAUAUUCCCAGUUUAAAUAAAUAC